AUGGAGAUCACACAAAGAAGUUUAAGCUUGUUGGUACUUUGUUUCCUGCUUAUAGGAACGAUGCUAGUGAGUGGUCAGAGUGCAAACAAAGUAAGAGCAACAUACCAUAACUACAACCCUCAGAAUAUAAACUAUGAUUACAACAGAGCAAGUGUUUACUGUGCUACCUAUGAUGCUAAUAAGCCAUAUUCAUUUCGUAGCAAAUACGGUUGGACUGCCUUUUGUGGACCCCAGGGGCCUCGUGGCAGAGAUUCAUGCGGAAAAUGCUUAAGGGUGACAAAUACAGCAACUGGUGCUCAGAGAACAGUGAGAAUAGUGGAUCAGUGCUCUAAUGGUGGACUGGAUUUGGAUGUGAAUGUCUUCAACCAACUGGAUACAAAUGGAGCAGGCUACCAGGCGGGUCACCUUACAGUUAACUACGUCUUUGUUAAUUGCGGUGACUAA